AUCAAGUCUUUCCUAUGGCAAGAUGGCAGGGCAGGGUCUGACUGUGAGCUGUUUCCUUGCAGUGGUUUUAUUCAGUGGGAUCCUGACUGCUAGUCUGCCUGUCCUGCAGCUAAGUGCUGUGGUUGGGAAAAUCUUCAUCCAUGAAUUGGAAAGAGAGGGCUUUGAGUACUCCUUCACAGAGCAUCCAGAACCCCCAUCUGAUUCUCCCAUCACCUUCCAUGCCAACCUGCUGGAUCACCCAGACUUGCCCUGGUGGCUACGCUACAUCCAACGGACCCCUUUCCAGACAGGCUAUCUCUAUGGGUCUGCCACAGACAAAGAAGUUGGCACGCAGACAAUUGAGGUGACGGCAUAUAACAGGUAUACCUAUGAGACUGUGAGACAAACCAUGGUCAUAAGUAUUGACCCAUCUCCAGAUGGAGAGAUACCGUAUCAGGCUGACUUCUUUGUGAAGAACUGGAAUGUAGAAGAAGUGUUAGCGACAGACGUUUACGAACUUUUUCAGCAAGCUGUUGACAGCAUGUGGGAGCAAGAAGGCUUUGUGGUUAUCAAUAUUUCCUCAGCCUUAGACCGGGGAGGCCGUGUACCUUUGCCAAUUGAGAACAGGAAGGAAGGAGUUUAUAUCAAGGUGGGUUCCAAGGACCCAUUCACUGAGUGCUUGACUGAGGCCAAGUCCCCUGAAAACCGUUAUCGGUGUAAAUUGGAGCAACACCCAGUCCUUACCUGUUACGACAGCUUCAGCCCGAGAUUCAAAGUGGACUGGUGCAAUCUGACCCUGAUAGACCUCACAGAUAUAAACACUACAGAAACGGUGCCAGCCUACGGUGAUGGGGUGCUUGAUCCUGGCACAGAAUUCAAUCCUCCAGACGAUGCCCCUGAUAGGGCAUUCUUCUAUGACUUCUUGCUCACCUUCCUUCUCCCGCUCCUUUUGGGCCUUCUUCUCUGUCUCAUCCUAGCGUACAUCAUGUGCGGUCGACGGGAAGGCGUGCACCAAAGAGACAUGAAGACUUCCGAUAUCCAGAUGGUGCAUCACCACACAAUCCACAACAACACAGAGGAACUGAGGGACAUGGCUGCCACCCGGGAUGUACCCCGCCCCCUCUCCACUUUGCCCAUGUUCAAUGUCCGCACGGGUGAGCGGAUCAACCCCAUGCAAAACAGCCGCUAUGACAGUGCCCAGGUGCCUCUCAUCCUGGCUCAACAGUGAACUUUUGCUCAGGCCAAUCUGAGCUUGACUGAGGAGCAUUUUCCUGCCAUGGACAUCUUUCAGUAUUGUGGCAACUUUUGCUGGCUCAGACAAGAAACUCAAGAUGGUGGAUUUUGCUUUGUUCCUUGUUUCCUUGAUAAUUGUACUGAUUGGGGUGAAGAAUGGAUUGGAUUAAUGUGGUCAUUCUUUGUAUAUAUUUGUUAGGAUGGCUUGGAAUAUUUAGGCUCCCUGGAAUAUUUUGGUUGAGGUUGCUCCUAGGCAUCCAAACAAUAGGGAUUUGGGGGCUACUAAUGCAAUAUCACUAUAUGCCAGAGAUUCCGAACCAACAUUUGCAGAAUUACAAAUUCCAGAAUUCUUUAGGUGCAGGUAAAACCAUGGCUGUUAAACCUUCUAGUUGUUUUUAAAGUGUAUAUGCCGUUUUGGAGUUGUUGUUUUUUCUUCAAAAGUUAAACAUUCUCUUCUGUAUUGUUUUCUCUCUUCUAAUGAGUAGCAUUCAGAUGACCUGCUUCCUUGAUAAAAAAUGAAAUUCCUGAUA